AUGGAAAGAGAUAACAACCAGCUGUUCCCGUGGGAAAUCUACAACGAUCUAGCAUCAGACGGCUGGCUUGGCAUUUGUCUUCCAGAAGAGUACGGAGGAUCAGGCCUUGGCAUCUCGGAAGCGGCCAUCAUGCUGCAGACUAUAGCUGAAUGGCGCCUCCCAGUCGCGAAGUUCGGCACGGUAGAGCAGAAAAAACGAUGGCUAGUACCACUCAUUCAAGGCAAAGAGCGAGCGUGCUUUCGUGUCACAGAGCCUAAUACAGGACUGAAUAAUUUACAGCUGCAGUCUACCGCAAAGAAGAACGACGAUCAUUACAUCUUGGAAGGCUCAAAAAUCUGGAUUUCUACAGCUCAAGUUGCGGAAAAGAUUUUGAUACUCGUACGCAGAACACCACUUGAAGAAUGUUCAAAACCUAGCCAAGGUCUCUCCCUGUUCUACACUGAUCUCGAUCGGAAUGCAGUAGAAGUUACGAAGAUUCCAAAAAUGGGGCGCAAUGCGGUCGAUAGCAAUACUCUUUUCUUCGAAGACUGGGAAGUUCCAGCCGAGGAUCUAAUUGGACAGGAAGGCGAUGGUUUCAAGAUGAUAAUGCAUGGACUGAGUGCCGAGCGGGUGCUAGUAGGCGCGGAAGUAUUAGGCAUUGGAUUCGCUGCUAUUCGUCGGGCGUCAAACUAUGCAAAAGAUCGUGUGGUUUUUGGUAAUCCCAUUGGUAAAUACCAGGGAAUUCAACGCCCACUCGCAGAAUGCUGGAUGAAUCUGGAAGCUGCAAGACUAAUGCUCUAUCUUGCAGGACGCUUGUACGACCAAGGCUACGAAAGUGGCGAACAAGCUAAUUCUGGAAAAUUCUUAGCUUCAGAGGCUGCUUUCAAAGCUGCUGAACGAGCAGUAUUGUCUCACGGCGGCAUGGGCUACGCAAAGGAGUAUCACGUCGAACGUUAUCUGAGGGAAGCCACAUUAUCGAGGAUCGCUCCGAUCAGUGGUGAAAUGAUUAGGAAUUAUAUCAGUCAGCGAGUAUUGGGGCUACCUAGAAGUUAUUGA